AUAUUACAUAGUAUACAUACCCUAUCUUGAUAAUAGAAAAGAAAACGGGAUAGCCGCGGCAGAUCGACGGUAACAUAAUCAACGGUACAGUUCUACGCACUUGUGCCAGCUUUUAGCUAUAACAGUUUUCAUUUCCCCCCCACCACCACCAGCUCACCAGAAAGAGAUAUAUCCCGACCAGUUUUCGGUCGAUGUCCUAUCGGCCACUUUCGCUGCUGACGAACUCUUGGAAGAAAAAAAAGGAAUUGAAAAGACAAAAAUUACUGUUGUUUCUUCUUCUUCUUGGACUUCUUUUUUCCACUCCGCCCUUCGUGGUUGUGCCGUGUUGUUUGCACCGUAUAUAGCGACGAGGAGCGAGUCAGUGAUCUUUCAGUCGCCUCCGGUCGGCCGACAUCGCCCGUUGCUUCUUCUGCUGCUCUCUCGUCAGACUGUGCAUUUCCAACGUGUUUCUCCAGUUCUACAAAUUCAACACGUUUUGUUCUUCUUUCUCCGCAUUUGAAAAAAUUUAACUUGCAUCGAUUUGUGUUCCGAGUGAUUUUUAAAAAAAAAUUUUAGUCGUGAAGUGAAAUUGCCAUUCGAAAACGUCAAGAAUAAUGCACGUCAAAAACGACUUUGGCCACAGAGACGGUGAGCGAUACGCGACUUUGGAGAAACUCCAGUUGGUGUUGGCAUUGGAAUCCAGUUCGGCCAUCAGUAAACCUUCGAUGGGCGCAUCGGGUGAUGGUGCCCAAUCGACUGCCGUCAUUUCUGUCGAGGAAGAAUUACAUUCGUGUUGCUGUUUGUUGCCCUGCCCGCCUGAAUGUUCCAGGAACCGGAGCGCCAGCAAAACACAAUCCGACUCCCAUUCUUCCAGCAGCAGCAGCAGUCUAUCGGCUCUACACGCGGUUCUUCUCGAAGCCGCUGACCGACAUGCAGAUGAACAGCGGGCGGCCAUCGUUCUGGUCGGCAGGAUCGACGAUAUCCUGGGCGGCGGGGUCGACGUCAACGUGACCGAUGAGAGAGGCGAAACGGCUUUGUCUUACGUCAAGAUCCUGUUGAGAAAAGGAUGCUUCCGGCUGGCUCAUCAAGUGGCUUCUCACCUGCUGGACCACGGGGCUCUCGUCGAUGCUGAAGACAACGGCCAGCAGACUCUGCUGUCGCAUUCGGUGGCGGCCCUGGACGGGGCGUCCGAUUUGACGCGAUUGCUCCUCAAUCGGGGGGCGGACGUUUGGCAUCGCAACGGAACCGGAGGCGACAGUCCGUUCGGCUCCUUUUUGCAGGCCAUUGUCAGGUGCCGAUGCGUUUCCGGGGCUACAAUCACGGCCGAUUUACUCGGGCGCACCAUGGGCAGUCGGCCGGAAGCUUUCAAGGCUCUUGUUCUGCGCUCCAUGUUGCGUCACGGCCGGUUUAUCCGCGUCCUGGGACCCGUUUUCGUCCAGCUCAAAUCCAUUCUAUCGCCCUACUGGAGACAGCCGCAACCGUUACGCUACGCAGCCUGGACGGUCAUCCGCCGACACUCGUCGCCGGUCAAAAGCUGGGCAAGAGAAUUACAGCAGAUGGGGCUUCCCCCGUCGGUCCUACGUUACUUGACAAUGGAGGAUUAAUUCCACGUGCAACUAACCAGAAGAAAACUACUGCUACUACUUCAUGGAAAAUCUUGUUGAUUGUUUGUCCAACUGUUGUACAAUAAGAAUUAAAAAGAAAAAUGUCAAUUUGUAAAUAGCCGUUAAUUGUAUGAAAUAAAAAAAAAGAAAAUUUUAA